AUGUCGCUACUCCCACCACUCGACUUUUCCAAAUGGCUGUCCGAAAACUCACAUCUUCUUCGCCCUCCUGUCAACAAUUUCUGCCUGUACAAUGGCAAGGAUCAUAUCGUCAUGGCUGUCGGUGGACCAAAUGAGCGAAACGAUUAUCAUGUGAACGAAACUGAAGAAUGGUUCUAUCAGUACAAGGGACCGAUGCUGCUGAAAGUGAUUGAUAAUGACGAAUUUCGCGACAUUCAUAUUCAAGAGGGUCAAAUGUUCCUACUACCUGGUAAUACGCCACACAAUCCCGUACGGUUUGCUGACACCAUCGGACUCGUGAUUGAACGUGUGCGACCUGAAGGAGCUCUUGACCGACUUCAGUGGUAUUGCCGCUCAGCAGCUCACGACAAGCCCACUCUGAUACGCGAAGAAGUUUUCCCAGUCACUGAUCUUGGCUCACAGCUCAAACCGUUCAUUGACAACUGGAUGAGCAACGAGGAACUUCGAAAGUGCCCUAGUUGUGGGGAGGUCGCUGCUGCGAAAUAG